UGUUGUUGUUGUUUUUUGGGUAUAUUUUCUCUCAUUCAUCGUUUCAGCUUCUUCCCAUCCUCAACGAAUACAACAGAGAACGGAAUUGGAGGACAAGAGGAUUCAUCAUCGAUAACAACGAUGAUGGCGAUGAUGACGGUGAUGGCGAUCCUUAGGAGAUCUUCUUAAGCUACGGUGGUCGGGCAGAGAUCCUCAGAAAUUCGAAGAGAGGAUGGAGUCAGAUCUCGGUAAGCUUUUUAUCGGUGGCAUCUCUUGGGACACUGAUGAAGGCCGUCUCCGGGACUACUUCAGUCACUUCGGGGAGGUAUUAGAGGCCGUCAUCAUGAAGGACCGGGCCACCGGCCGAGCUCGUGGUUUUGGCUUCAUUGUGUUUUCUGACCCUGCAGUUGCUGAGAGAGUUGUCAUGGACAAACACAUGAUUGAUGGCCGCAUGGUGGAGGCCAAGAAAGCUGUUCCCAGGGAUGAUCAGAAUAUCCUCAACAAGAGCAGCAACAGUGUUCAUGGUUCUCCAUCCCCUGCUCGUACCAAAAAGAUAUUUGUUGGAGGCCUGCCGUCCACUAUAACGGACAAUGACUUCAGAAGGUACUUCCUUCAGUUUGGGUCGAUCGCUGAUGUUAUUGUGAUGUAUGAUCACAGCACACAGAGGCCUAGAGGUUUUGGUUUCAUUACAUUUGAAUCAGAAGAAGCUGUGGACAAGGCAUUGCUGAAAACAUUUCAUGAGUUGAAUGGUAAGAUGGUUGAGGUCAAGAGGGCUGUACCUAAGGAACUAUCUCCAGGACCCACUAUGCGUUCCCCUACCAUGGGAUACAACUAUGGUAUGAAUAGAAUCAAUAGCUUUCUUAAUGGGUAUACCCAAGCAUUCAGUCCAAGUUCUUUAGGUGCUCAUGGAAUGCGGAUGGAUGCUAGAUUUGGUACAGUUCCUACUGCACGUAAUGGUUUCCCAGCAAUUUCCCCUGGCUAUGGAAUGGGGAUGAAUUUUGAUCCUGGCUUCAACUCAAAUUUUGGAGGAAAUUUAAACUACAAUGAGAGUAUUAGUUUUGGGAGGGCCAGUAGUCCUUUUUACAAUGGAAACUCAAGUAGAUAUGGAACCCCUGUUGGCUAUGGUGGGGGUAAUGUUGGUAUAGGGGCAGGUAUUGGCUCAAUGGGUCGCAAUGUUUGGGGCAGUGGUCUUAACUACACAAUAAACCCUCCAAAUUCCAAUGCUUACAUGUCCUCUGGAAGUGGGAGCCCUGGUGCCUUUGACUAUGGUAGCCUGAAGUGGGGGAGUUCUGCUUCUCCUAUAUCUGCCCAAAUUGGUGGUAAUAAUGCAGUCUUUGCUACAGAGAACCUUGGUCUCGGGAGUAGAGAGAAUAGUUUCAGUUUAGACAGCAAUGGUUUUGGAAGGAGCUCUGGAGCUGGUGUUUCUAACGCACCUGUGAAUGUUCCUACCAAUGGGCAUGAAGGAAAUUUCACAGAUCUUUAUGGUGCUAGUUCGAUCUAUGGAGACCCAACCUGGCGGUCAGGAUCCAAUGACCUAGAUGCUCCUGGGACAUUUGGUUACGGGCUACGCACUGCAGCUUCAGAUGUCACCACCAAGGGCUCUGCUGGCUAUGCAGGUGGGUGUAUUGGUUCUGAUAGACAGCGAACUAGAGGUAUCGCAUCCUAGAGAGUUUUUUAUAUUGUUUAAUGCUCAUCAUAAGUGGAGAGUGCGGUGACUCGCGCAUGGUUGUGAAUUGCAAUUAUUUUGUUGUUUACAGUUUCAGAUAUAUGGGUUAGUUGAUUACUUAGAGCUAAACCAGAGAGUUUGUUCCUGAAAUUCAAAUUCAGGGAAAUCAGAGAGAUAAAAAAGGGUUUUGUUUAAGGCUUGAAAUUUGAGUUUGUUUCUACAUGAGUGUAGGUUUUGUUUCGUGAGGUUUGACUGAGAUGUAAAAGAUGUUUGCGGGAUAUAUUCUGAAGAUUGUUCAGGUUUAUGUUGGUGAAAGGGAGUAUAGACUUCUAGUUUUAUUCAAACGAAGGGAAGGAAAAUAUGAUGUAAUAUCUGGCAAACUUGAUAGUUUGAGCCAGGCAGGUUUUUUUUUUUUUAUUUUUUGUUGCUUUGAUCUUUUUUUGCCUUAGCUGUACUGGAAAUCUGGUUGAUUUAGUGUGGAGCUUUUGGGGAGUUUAUCUGAUCCCUUUGAAUAAGGCUACCGAACAUUCAGAUUUGAUUCUAUUAAUACAUGUACUUUCAGGAAGUUUUUGGUCA